AUGUCCAAGAAGGGCACCAGCAGCCGAGCUAGGGGGGAGAAGCCGGACACCUUGGCCGCCUUGCAGGCUGCCAAUGAAGAGCUCAGGGCCAAGCUCACCGACAUCCAGAUAGAGCUCCAGCAAGAAAAGAGUAAGGUCAGCAAGUUGGAAAGAGAGAAAAAUCAGGAAGUUAAACAGAUCAAAGAGCACGAACAGCAUAAAAGUACAGUGGUGGUAACGGAGCUCAAAGUCAAACUUCAUGAAGAGAAAAUGAAGGAGCUCCAAGCUGUUCGAGAAGCACUUUUGAGACAGCAUGAAGCUGAACUACUUAGAGUAAUAAAAAUUAAAGAUAAUGAAAUCCAGAGACUACAGACCCUUCUCAAUGCUGUGCGCGAUGGGGCUCCUGACAAGGUGAAAACGGUGCUGCUCACAGAGGCGAAGGAGGAGGCCAAGAAGGGGUUUGAAGUUGAGAAAAUAAAAAUGCAGCAAGAAAUUUCAGAGCUGAAAGGGGCUAAGAAACAAGUGGAAGAGGCUUUAACAAUGGUCAUCCAAGCUGACAAAAUUAAAGCAGCGGAGAUAAGGAGUGUGUAUCACCUGCAUCAAGAGGAAAUCAGCAGAAUUAAGAGGGAGUGUGAGAGAGAAAUUCGUAGACUGAUGGAGGAGAUUAAGUUUAAAGACAGAGCAGUCUACGUGCUGGAGAGAGAGUUAGGGGUUCAAGCCGGGCAUGCUCAGAGACUGCAGCUCCAAAAGGAGGCUUUAGAUGAACAACUUUCCCAGAUCAAAGAGUCUGAUCGGCAUCUGAGCAGCCCCAAGCGGGAACUUCCUUAUGCAAGUGGUGCAGGAGACGCUUCAGAUCAUUCGGGAAGCCCCGAACAGCAGUUGGAUGAAAAGGAUGCCCGGCGUUUCCAACUUAAAAUCGCUGAGCUGAGUGCCAUCAUCAGGAAGCUGGAGGACCGGAAUGCGCUGCUGUCAGAGGAGAGAAACGAGCUGUUAAAACGUCUUAGAGAAGCUGAAAGUCAGUAUAAGCCCAUUUUGGACAAAAAUAAACGCCUUAGUAGGAAGAAUGAAGAAUUGUCACAUGCCUUACGUCGAAUGGAAAAUAAAUUAAAAUUUGUAACACAAGAAAAUAUAGCAAUGAGGCAAAGAGCUGGAACAAUAAGGAGACCAAGCUCUUUAAAUGACCUUGACCACAGCCAGGAAGAAAGAGAAGUUGAUUUCCUGAGACUACAAGUUAUUGAACAGCAAAAUAUCAUUGAUGAACUCUCCAAGACACUGGAAACUGCUGGCUAUGUGAAGAGUGUCAUGGAACGUGAUAAGCUAUUAAGGUAUAGGAAGCAAAGGAAAAAAAUGACAAGAAUUCCUAAGAAGCCGGUUGUGGAGACGUUUUUUGGCUACGAUGAAGAAGCUUCCUUGGAGUCUGAUGGUUCCUCUAUCUCGUAUCAAACUGACCGGACGGAUCAAACUCCUUGCACUCCUGAAGAUGACUUGGAAGAGGGCAUGGCCAAGGAAGAGACAGAGCUGCGGUUUCGACAGCUGACGAUGGAGUACCAGGCUCUGCAACGAGCAUACGCCCUAUUGCAAGAACAGGUCGGAGGAACAUUGGAUGCAGAACGAGAAGUUAAGACCCGUGAGCAGCUCCAAGCAGAAAUACACCGAUCUCAGGCUCAGAUAGAAGACCUGGAGAAGGCCCUUGCUGAGCAGGGCCAGGACAUGAAGUGGAUUGAGGAGAAGCAAGCAUUGUAUAGAAGAAAUCAAGAACUGGUAGAAAAGAUAAAACAAAUGGAAGCUGAGGAAGCUCGCUUAAAACACGAUGUCCAGGACGUUAAGGAUCAAAAUGAGCUCCUGGAAUUCAGGAUCUUGGAGCUUGAAGAGAGAGAAAGACGAUCGCCUGCCAUCAACUUCCACCAUGGUCCUUUUACAGAGGGGAAAAGCCCUCUCCAAGUCUACUGCGAGGCAGAAGGUGUAACAGACAUAGUAGUAGCAGAGCUGAUGAAAAAAUUGGACAUUUUAGGGGAUAACGCCGUAAGUGUAUGUUCCUUUAAUAAAUUGUGCAUGCUUUGGAAAAUAUUUGUCCUCACAUUAAGUUAUCAAAGCCUUCUUG